GUCGAGUCGGACCCUACCUUCCCAAGCAUUGGAGCAUGGUGUGUGAAAGAGAGAGGGGCCACCACUCACGAGAAUCCCCCGUGGCCCAGACAUUUUCCUAUGAAAAAGAAGGCACCAAGCUGUUGUACUAUGUUACGUUUUAAUGGGUUGUUUUUCGUUUUUUCGGAAAUGUUUUGUUUUUAUUUUAUUUUAUUGGGUUUUCGUCAUCAUCUCCUCCAUGUAGCGUGUUUUUUUGUACAGAGAACCAAAAAUAAAAAUAAAAUAAAAUUCUGGUGCCAGACCGAACUUGGAGAAAAAAAUAAAAAUAAGAAUGGAGCAGAUACCUGUGGUCCUCACUCACUUACUCUCUUUCUCUUUCUUUUUCCCACUUUAUUCUUUUUCUUUCACCUACGGUUCCACCACAUCCCAACUAAAUAAAAUCUCUCCUUAUUUGUGUUAUUUUUAUUUUAUCAAAAUUUUCCACUUUGCUUAUUUAUUUAGUGUUCUCUGAGGCUUGACUUUUGUUGGGUCUUUGAUGGAUUUGGGUAAAAUUGAGAGGAACAAGAGGAUGGUGGUGAGUGGGAAAGAGAAGAUGGUUGUGAAGAGGGAGGAGGAUGAAGAUGAGGGUUCUGAGCAAGAGGACAAGAGAAAGAAAGGGCUUUUGGGUUUGGGUGUUGGUUCUGGGAAAAAAGGCUCAACUGGUGCUGGAAUGAGGUGUUGCCAGGCUGAAAAGUGCUCGGCUGAUUUGAGUGAUGCUAAACAGUACCAUAGAAGGCAUAAGGUCUGUGAGCUUCAUGCCAAGGCUCAAGUUGUGCUUGUCAGCGGUAUUAGGCAAAGGUUUUGCCAGCAAUGUAGCAGAUUUCAUGAGCUGUCAGAAUUUGAUGAAACCAGACGAAGUUGUCGCAGGCGCUUGGCUGGACACAACGAGCGGCGAAGGAAGAGCUCGGGUGAGUCUCAUCAAGAGAGCUCAAGCCGGAAAGGUGCAGGCACUCAGCUGAAAGAUAUGGUUUGUGGGCAGGUUGAUGAUAGGGGAAGAAUUCAGAUAUCUGUCCAAGAAAACACCAGUUACAAGCAUUUCCAGAUCAGGUAGUGAUGAUUAACAUCUCCAUCAUCAUCAUCUAAUCUCACUAUCUGAUUUCAAAACAUGCUCUCUCUCUUCUGUCAUCCUAGAGAUGCAAUGGCAUAUUUUCCUAUUCAAACUUCUGAAUUUUGUCAGCCAUUGAACCACAAUGGCCAUAGGUAUAAACUAUCUUUGUUCAUGUGGUCUAUCCUCUUAGUUAUAGAGUAUACAAAUCAUUUGUCUAAUUGGUAUUAGAGAAUGAGGUGGUUGCAUAGCUUGAAUAAGGUGAAAUUCUUAUUAGAAUGAUUAAGUAUAUAAUGUAGUAGUACCUUGUUAUGUAUUAUUCUAGUAAUAAUUUAUCUGGUUGGGUUCA